AUGUCCGCCACCCAGCAAGUCAGGCGCAAGCCCGUCCCCACCCCGCUCGCACAGCCCGUCAACGCGAGCGGCUUUGUGAUCCCAGACUCUGACUUUGGCAGUGGCAACCCACAGCUUGGUCUUGGUUUGCCGUCCAACCACCCGUUUGCCAACCCAUCCCCCAUCAUGUCUAGGAGCGUGUCUUACAACCCUUCCGAGGGUUCUGGGAACGAUAUCGAGUGUCUCUCCAACCACACUCCGAGCAUGAAGAGCGGGUCUCACGGUAGAUUCGCCCCCGUACCGCCUCAUCGGGUCUCCUCCCGUAGCAGCGGGCCCGCGCCCAGCGUCACCCCCAAGCUGGACGCUACCAGCUCCGCCACCAGCCCCGUCGAGUUCCCCUCCACCCCCGAGAGCUUUACCUACGCCGCUCCAGACUCUUACGGUCCUUCUGUUCCUCCUUCCCUCCCUUCUUCCACCGCCCAGUCGCCCGGACUUGAACACCGGGCGAGCGUGAAAAGUUUUUGGGGCGAGGACAAGGCGGGACUGGAGGGGUUGGAUGAUAGGCUGAAUGAGCUGAGGAUAAACAAUGCGCCGUACCCUGUCGACCACGCUGCCAUGAUCCGGGCGGUCAAGCCUGAACGUCCUCUCCCUGCAGUGCCGCCCCCCGCCAGCGAUGGCCACCGUCGAUCCGUCUCUUCAACCUCUGCCUCUGGCGCUUCCUCGGAGCACAUUGUCACCCCCAUCACUACCCUCUCCCACGCGUCUUACGGCUCAUCCGAGUACGCCCGCCGCGCCAUGUACCAAGCUGCCAAGUCGUCCUCUGACAGCUCGCUCGCCAAGAAGGAGAAGAAGGAGCGCAAGGAGAAGGAGCGCCUGGCGAAAAAGUACAACAAGGACAAGAGGCGAAACCCGCUAUUGAUGGAAGGUGAGACUGAGGCAGACGUUACCUUUUCGGUGGACAGGCUCGUCACCCGCGCAAGAGUGGAAGAAGCUGCCAAGUGCUUUGUGAGAGACGAAGAAGGCAACGCCGUCCCCGUAUCUUCCCUCCUUCCCUCGGCACCGGGCCAAAAGACUGUCAUCUUCUUUAUCCGUUCGUUCUGGUGUGGGCAAUGUCAAGAUUACACUCUCGCGUCUAUUUCCAUCCUCUCCAAGGAAGCGCUUGAGAAGGCGGGCGUGAGGGUAGUGAUCAUCGGACAUGGUAACUGGAAGGUCUUGAAGGCUUACAAAAACCUGUUCAAUUGUCCGUUUGAUAUCUAUGUGGAUGGGCCGAGGAGAUUGUACCGUCUCAUGGGGUUGACGAAAGGUUUCAACUAUCUCAACCCCUGGGGUCAUUUCUGGAAGAACCGGUCCGAAUACCACCAGCGUUCUGUGCCCACUCAGGUCCUGCUUGGUCUAUCUAAUGCCGUUACAAAGAUGCCCAAGGAAGCCGCGCUGCAGCCAGGAUCACUCUCGCAGCUCGGAGGCGAGUUUAUCUUUUCGUAUCUAAAUACCAACGACAUGGCGCACCGUAUGACCAACGCCUCCAACCAUAUGGAGGCUCCCGAAGUACUCCGUAUCGCCGGUGUCGCCCACCCCACUGUCAAGGAGCUCGCCGACAUUGAGCUCGGCAAGAGUCAGAGGGAUGAGUUGGAGAGGCUGAGGAUGGAGAUGGAGCGAUGGAAGGAGGAGCAGGCUUUGGAGCUUGAGCGUAUCAACAUGCGUAAAAUCGCCCGCCGCCAAAAGCGAUCCUCUUCUCCUUCUUCACCCACCUCCCCCACCUCGCCCGACUCGGCCAACACAUUCCGCGCCACCGAUUUUGACGGAUCGGAUUCAGAAGACGACUCGGACUAUGACAAUGCCGAAGAAGGAUCCUCCUUCUCCCUCACUCUCAACGACGUGCUCAACGCCGAACCUCAAGAGAUCUCUGAACUACAGCCGAAAUCAAACCCCAGCCUUUACGUCGCCACCCCAGAGCCGGAACAAGGCCGGCCGCACACCAGCCGUUUCGGUUCGGCGAGUACGCAGGGCACGAAACCUGCCGUGGGCUUGGACCAGGAGCAAGGCGAGGGGGGCUGGAAUGAGGAGGUGAUGCGGAUGGAGGUCCAGAGGGCGAAGGAGAGGUCUGCGGUGGGCAAGCUGGUCGGGCAAAAGUUUGCGCCCAAGAAGUAA